CCACGUAUCCCAAUACCUUCACCACCGUUUAUUCCUUGUUUUCUCCUCUUUUAGACAUUUCCACAAACACCUUACCUGCACCUUUCUAUAUUUUCUUCCCUAAUCUCCUUCCUUCCCUACCUUCCCGCAAUUCAAUCAUCUCCUUAUCUGCCCUUACUUAAUCACACAUUCUCCUGGUGGGUUAGCCUUCGUUUUCUCUAUUCAUACCUGUUUUCAUUCUGAUUUGAUAAUUAACCUUGGAUUACGUGUGAUUGAGCGAUUGGUUUGAGUUUAAAUCGGUCGCUCACGAGGAACAAAUAAUGGCGGAGGAACAGAACUGGGAAGAAACAAACAAUCACACACCGUGUGCGAAUAAUUGCGGGUUCUUCGGGAGCCCAACAACGCUCAACCUCUGUUCCAAGUGCUACAAAGAUCAUUGUGUGAAAGAACAACAUAUGUCAACCGCAAAGAUCGCCGUUGAGAAGAGCUUUUCUCAGCCGCAACACCAAAUAGAAUCAUCAUCAUCAUCUUCCUCUUCUCUGGCAACUGCACUUGCUCCUGUUUCAACUGAUUCGGUGGUGGCGGAGGGGGCUGUGAAGUCGCAGCCGCGGAACAGGUGCGGGUCGUGCAAGCGGCGCGUGGGGCUCACGGGGUUUACGUGCAGGUGUGGCACCACGUUCUGUGGGACCCACAGGUACCCGGAGCAACACGCGUGCACCUUUGAUUUUAAGACCAUGGGGAAAGAGGCGAUCGCUAAAGCGAAUCCGGUGGUCAAAGGUGUAAAACUGGAGAAGAUAUGAGACGAGGCGAUCUCGGCCUUUGAUUUGUUACUGAUCAUAUGGUCUGGGCAGGGUGGGAUGUUGAGGGGAGUGUUCUGUUUGAUUGAAUGUUUAUAAGUUAUAAGAGUACUUUUUUAUUUAUAUUUUAAAAUUGUUGUGUAGUUUUUUUAUCUUUUAUCCAAAGAAUUAUAUAACACCAUUA